AUGGCGUCCCUCCGCGCCUCCCUCCUGCUCGCGGCCGUGCUGUGCGCGCUGGCGGCGUCAUCAGUCUCCGCGACCCGCGAUCUCCGCUCGCACCGCACCCAAUUCGUCGUGCGCGGCAAUGUCUGGUGCGACACCUGCCGCGCCGGCUUCGAGACCCCGGCAUCCACCUACAUCGCCGGAGCAAAGGUUAGAGUCGAGUGCAAAUCAAAAUUGACUGGGGCGAAGACAUGCAGCUUCGAGGGUCACACUGACCACACUGGUACCUACAACAUCCCCGUGGAUGACGAGCAUGAGCACGAGAUCUGUGAGUCUGUCCUUGUCAGCAGCCCAGACAUGCGGUGUGCCAAGAUAGUUGAUGGGCGGGAGAGGGCCCCUGUCUUCCUGAACAACAACAACGGUGUCACCUCCAACAUUCGAUUGGCGAAUGCUCUGGGUUUCCAGAAGGACAUCCCUCUGGCUGCAUGUGCACAAAUCCUCAAGAUGUACGAGGAAGUAGACGACCGUGUCUGAGAACUCUGAAUUUGCGGUCACAGAGAAGGUAAUAUGUUACUAGGUGGAAUCUGAAACAUCUAUUAUGUACUACGAGGACCAAAAGUAUCGCUGCUUGUGUGCUUGAUAUUGUGUAGCUCAGUGCUUGAGUAUGUAUGUGGGAUCCGCGGUUGAAUCAUGGGAGUUUACCAUAUCUAGUAAAUUGACAUUUGGUUCUUCUUAGCAAGCUAAUGUUAUGGACUUUGUUUGUGCUGA